AUGGCAGUUAACUCUAAAUCUAAAAAAAAUUCGCGGGGAGUGAAGCCUAAAACUUUGGAUUUUAACAAGAAAAUCCAAAUUUUGCGCUCCCCUGAAGAUAUCGCCUCUUUUGCAGCUGAAAAGAAGUUAACCCCUGAAGAGAUUUCAUAUAUGGAGAAUGUGUUUAAACAGAGCCAUCAAGUGGUGCGCGAAAGUCACAAACCACACGUUAUCCCAGUACCUCCAUCAAUCGAGGAAUUUGAUACAAUUUUGUCUAAAUACAAAUUUACCAGACCAUAUGAAUAUAUCAGAUACUUACAGGAUAGGAUCAGAUCUCCUGGCAUUCGAUUGGAUGAUGGGUCGAUUGUACAUUAUAACAUUUUGUUUGAGGAUGAGAAAUUUUUGGAGAAUAUUAAAUCGAAGUUUGCUAUCUCAGACAUGGAUUUCUAUAAGUUGAUGGACAAAUUCGAUAAGAUGACAGCCACUGGGUCCUGUCGCAACUUUACACUGGAUAAGGCUAUUAAAAUCGCAAAGGAAGAGGGGCUCCACUCCAAUCCAUUUGUAGCCAGGGUUGUACAUUCCCACUGGAUGAAACGUCGCCUUGAGUUGGGUAGGCCAAUUAUACGCAGUUUGUGGCCAGCGACCAGCGCAACAGAUGUUUCCCCCUUGGCCGUCUUUAGACCCAGGCCUAAGGAGAAGAUGAUGCUUAGAAGGCCAAGAAGGAAUGGGAUUGAAACUCUCCACAAAUUGUUCAGACUUAUUGAUGGCUUUAGAAAGGUUGAUAAGCUGUUGAGCAAGAUCAGGCAAAGGGAUGAGAAGAAGCUGAUGAUAGCUGAGCUAAGGGCUGUGCUAUUUGACCAGAAAAGGAAUGAGGCCAUUGAUGAAACUUAUGUCUCACCCAUUUGGGAUAAUAUAAGAAAUAACAAAUUGUUCAAAUCGUCAAAGAGGAAGUCAACACAAGGAACCGCGCAGACGACACUAAAUGAGCAUAGCAACUGCAGUACCGAUAAUAGCUCGCACACGAAUAUGUUAUUGGUGCGUAGAAUUGGUAGGGGUGGUAGGAUUUGGAUUGACAGGAAACCCAUCAUUAUAAAUGAGACAAACAAUUUACCAAUUGAACCCUUCCCUGGUUCCAAUUCUAAAACUUUUCAAGAUCUGGACAAUAUAUCCUUGUAUUGCAUAUUCUCGCUGCAACGCUAUAGGAAGAAACAAGUUGAAAUAUCAGAGUUGGUUGAGACCAUAUCAUACAAUGAUGAUGCGGGUGAUAGUUUAGACUUUGGUAGAUCUAGUUUGGAGGAUGCCAGUAAUAAGAGGAAGAAGGUCAAGCAUCCAGAGACUUAA